AUCCUCCUGCACUGGAGUCAAAAGGAGGGGGUAUCGUGUGUCCGCUCCAAAACAAAACAAUGGUUUUUUCUUCUUCUACUACAAUAGUCCCAUCAUCAUUAUCAUGCCUUGCUCAAUCUUCACUCUACUGUCUAUCGGAUUUCCCAAUUCUAGUCAAACGGACCGGUUCUUCCCUUCUUUCCUGCAGACAGAAAGUAGUUCUGCUGAGGCCAAAGCGACGUCAGUUAGCUUCUUCAAUUUAUGCUGGAAAGGAAUCCAAAGCCAAAGUUGAAGCGCAGGACAAGGGAUUGGAAUGGCCAAUAAUCAAGCGAUGGGACGUGCCUUGGCCAUGGCAAACGAUUUCCUUAACCUCACUUGCCUGUGGAAUAAGCUUUAUUCUGACAGGUUUGGUUGAGGCAACGGCCAUACCAUAUUUAGGAAUUAAGAUUGAAGAGCUAAGUUUAGACGAGAAAGCGGAGAUACUGCUUUUGGACCAAAGCAUUGCAACUGCCGUUGUGCUUGGAGUUCUUUAUGGAAUCCUCAACACUUUCCAACCUCUUCCUGAAGAUGUGUUUCGCUAUGAUUUAAAGGAACCUUUCAAUCUAGAAAAAGGGUGGCUCUUAUGGGCGGGUAUUGGUCUUGCUAGUGCUCUGCUUGCUGUUGCAUUGACCGGAGUUGCUGUGUCUACUUUCAGUGGCGAGACCCCACAGAGAGAGACUGAUGCUCUUGUUCGACUUCUUCCAUUGAUUGGAUCUUCUAGUAUCAGCACCGCUUGCUUGAUUGGCAUCACUGGUGUCCUUGCUCCAGUUUUGGAGGAGAAUGUCUUUCGAGGAUUUUUCAUGGUGUCUCUGACAAAGUGGGUACCUACACCAGUUUCUGUCCUAAUUAGUGCGGCUGUAUUCGCAUUAGCACAUUUAACUCCAGGAGAGUUUCCCCAACUAUUUGUGUUAGGGACUGCGCUUGGAUUUUCAUAUGCUCAAACUCGCAACCUUCUAACACCAAUCACAAUUCAUGCUUUCUGGAACUCGGGAGUAGUCCUCAUUCUCACCUUGCUUCAGCUCCAAGGAUAUGAUAUCAAGGAAUUGUUGCAGGCAACCUGAUAGGUAUAAAAUUUAUUCAUCCACUAUUCAGCUUUUGCGAGCAGGACCUGUUCCUUUGUGUACCAUUUCCAUAUAGAUUUUCAUGUUCUUAUGCAAGACAGGUCGAAUAACAGAUGGAAAAUGAUAGAUGUUUGAAGUUGAUUUGUUAGUCUUAGCUAUCAGAUCGAGAGAACAUGAUCUUAACUUUUCUGCAGGAUUUUGCAACCUAAUUUGAGCAUCUUCAUCGCUGUCUGUUUUCGAUGGAUUUUUGCCUA